UCGCGAGUGUUUGUAUUCAUUCCACUACGCGUGAGCGCGACACUCGUGAAUCGAUUGGAUCGAUCGAAAAAUACGCGGCAAAAAAGCAAACUUUUAUUCGGAAUUUGCGUGAACUUUUAACAGUCGCAGUCGAAGGGUUAAUUCGUGAAUCUUAGGGUAGACUGAUACUGAUUAGUGAUUUUCAGUGUGUUCGUUAGAAUGUGAUAAGUACUCGGUGGGUGAACAUUCAACGCCGGCUAUCGUUUUGUUGCGAUAUUUUUAUCUGACGUCACCAUGGCGAUGGACUACUCGUUCGCCAACGCGUCAACCUCCAACGGGUAUUCUGAUGUGGUCAGCGAGCACCUUAAAGGCAUAGGCAGGCUGUUCUACAUCCACUACCCUCAAGAAACUUUGUACGAGAAGAAAGAAGAUGUGCCCAACUUCUUCAGACAGUCAUGGCCGUACUUCUUCUUAUUCAUGAUCCUGGAACACAUCGUGCUGAGGCUAAAGGGCAUGAAAGGGAUCAGACUGAACGACGGCAUCACUAGCAUAUCCCACGGGAUCCUACAGGAGUGCGGAAGGCUAGUAUGGAGAGGGGCAGAGUCGUACCUUUACACUUGGAUAUACGCCAACUUCAGACUGGUGGAUCUGCCGUGGAACCACACUUUCACCUGGUACGCGGCGGCCCUUGGGGUUGACUUCUGCUACUACUGGAUGCAUAGAGCUUGUCAUGAGGUGCACAUCCUAUGGGCACAGCAUCAAGUGCAUCAUACCUCAGAAGACUUCAACAUGGGGGUGGGGAUCAGGCAGUCGGUUCUACAGGGAUGGUGUGGAUUUAUAUUCUACUUGCCCCUGGCGCUGGCCAUCCCUCCUGCCCAGUUCGUGAUGCACCACCAGUUCAGCUACCUCUACAUGUUCUGGAUCCACACCGAAGCCAUCAAGAGCUUGGGCCCUCUGGAGUACAUCCUCAACACACCCAGCCACCACAGAGUACAUCAUGGCAGCAACAAGUACUGCUUAGACGUGAACUACGGUGGAGUGCUCAUCAUCUGGGACCGGAUCUUCGGUACCUUCAGACCGGAGACAGACAAAGUGGAGAUCGUGUAUGGACUCAUCUAUAACCAGCCUUCGUUCAACCCUCUGUACCUACAGGGUUUCUACACCGGCUACGUGAUUGAGAAGGUGCGUCAGUUCACCACCUUCGGGGACAAGUUCCGAGCAGUGUUCUACGGGCCUAGCUGGGAACCCGGCACUCCUAGACUCGGAGAAGAGGCCCUGAAGGUUGAUAUUCUGCCAAGAGAGAAGUAUGACAUCUACCUUCCGACUUGGUGCAACAUCUACCUGGUCAUGCAUUACACCAUCGUCUUAUAUGGAUUCUUCGAGCUGGCCGGAAGAUAUAUGGGCAUGACACCAAUCUCGGUCCUGAUCUUCGUAUUCUACAUCAUCUCCUCGCUCACCAUCAUCGGAAUGCUCUUCGACAACUCCAAAUACGCUGCAGUUCUCGAAGUCAUCAGGUGUUCAGCUCUAGCCUUCCUCACCAGGUCUGUGGUAGGCACCAGUCCUUUGGGCACCAGUUUGCAGGUGUUCUAUGUGGUGUCUGCUAUGUUCUGGUGCCUGAACAUCUUGAAGCUGCUGGAGAUUAAGAAAGCGCAGAAGGUGGAGUAGACCAAAGAGGUUCGGGGUUCGCCUUAUUUUAAAAUUGGGAUAGAUAUUUGCAAAUGAAAAGUAAUUUUACCGAUACAGGGUGUUGAUUUCAAUCCUCGACAUAUUUAUUUAGGUGAUCUAUUAUGACCUAUAUAAACGCAUUAUCCACCAAAAAAAAUUGAAAAAGAUGCUAUGCCUUAAGUCAUGAUUUAGCUCAAAAUAAGGUUAAGACCCCAACUAUAGUUGACUGAUUGGAAUUGACUAGUCGAAUAGUUCCGACGACACGACUGAUGUAAAAGGGCCUUAAGAUUCUUUAGGUAGCUGUUUUAUAUUUUUGUAAUAAAACAUAUAAUAUUUAUAGAAACACUUGACCAUAUUAUAAGCAAAAUAGAAUAUUAGUGAUAAUAGUUGUUAUUAGGCUUCAAUAUUGUCUUAUUGUAUUCAUAUAAAUACAAGUAUUGUACUUAUAUUUUUGUAUUCGAAUACCUCAAAAUAAAUACAUAACCUCUUAUUCAUAAAUUAAGUAGGUAAAAUGUUUUGUCACUUUCUGUCAAAUGAGUUAAUUUCAAUGUAAAGAAAAGAGAUAAAAGGUUUGUUU